AUGGCAACCUUGGCAAAUUACUUGCACAAGUAUAGCCUCUACUAUGUGGAAGUGGCUAGUCCAUUGUCCAAUCUCCUUAAAAAGGAUGCGGAAUGGUGCUGGAACACCGAGCACCACGAGGAUUUGAAGCCAUUAAGGAGAGUCUCAUUCAGUCGUAAAUUUUGGCCUGAUCUCGAUCGUCUUUUUAGCGUCGUUUGUGACGCUUCGGACUUUUCCAUUGGCAGUGCUCUCUUGCAAGUUGACUCUGAGGGUCGAGAGCGCGUCAUCGCGUUUGAGUCUCGCCAGAUAAAAGCUGCAGAGAAGAACUAUCCAGUUCAUGACAAGGAGAUACUUGCGAUGAAUUAUGCCCUUGUUAAGUUCAGGGUACACCUGUUGGGCUCAAAGCUGUUUUUUUGGGACCUUAGCGGUCGUCUUGGCCGAUGGGACGCCGAGGUCGCUUAUUCGUCACCGGUGUGGGAGGCACUGUGGGAGCAGUCACGGGAGGAGCUACGGGAUCCUUUAAUAGAUUUGUGGCGUAAUCUCGUGAUCCAACUCCGCCAUCAUGAGAGCGUAUCGGCUCUGGCGGUAGUCCAUUCGCCACCGCAAAUGUUCCACCAGCGCUCUCUCGUGCUGGAGUCCCUCUAG